CACACACACACACACACACACACACACACACACACACCGGUGUACCUCUCACUAUCAGUUGAAGAGUGAAAGCAUGGAGGCCUCCAGUGAGUGAUGCUGGACGCCUGUCUCCUCAGGUCAACGACCUUCAAUAACUUUGUGAAGGUGUCCCUCACCAAGAGCCCCAAGAAGAGGCCCACAGCCGAGAAGAUGCUCACGCACAUGUUUGUGGCGCAGCAAGGGCUGUCCCGGAACCUGGCCGUGGAGCUACUGGACAAGGUCAACAACCCCGACAGCCACCCACAGUACUGCGAGCCGGAGGACGACGAUCUAGAGCUCCCCCCUGUAGCACGGCACACCAUCCGCUCCACCAAUAAGAAUGCUCGGGCAGAGAGGACUCGUUCCGAGAUCAACUGUAAGUGGCCGCACCGCACAGCACGUCUUCCCUAACCUUAUUCAAUCAGGGCUCUCCUUUUAGAGGUUGUCCUGCCCCCUUACCCCACCCCCUUCUACAUAGUCAAAAGUGUGCCACCUUUCUCCUCCUCACAGGGCUUGGCAAUUUGUCUUUGAUUGGCUGAUCUGAUUGUCAGACAUUUUUUAGUUGAGGACAGGGAUCGCAACGCACACAGACACACACACACACACUUGCUUAGACCAAGACAGUUGUCACUUUGUCAAACUUAUACCCACACGACUGACGUU